ACGUAACGUUUACAGUAAAAUCGCAAUGUUGAAAAACUCAACUUUUUUUCCUCGAACUCGGCAUGACGAGAAACUGUUUUUGGCGUUUUUAAAGUAGUUUUUGCUUAAAGUAAAAAAACACGCACACGCAUUGUUAUAAAAUUAUUCUGUCGGGUUUAAGAGCUGUUUGGCGUUUUUUAUAGUAGUUUUUGAAAAUAAUAAUGAUAAUUUGAGACGUAGAGUUUGGACAAUGAGUGUCCCUGAACGUAUCAAUACGAGUGAGCGCAGAUCGGGGGGGGAAACUGUACUUUUUCUGUUGUAGUCAGGACUGGUUUUACAUUCUCGGUUUCACGGACAACUGUUUGCCCUUUUAUAAAAUACUUUUUGCACAAAAUGAAGAAAAAACAGAUAUUGAUAGGGCUAAUUGUUUACAGGGUGUAACUGAACGCACCAAGGCGAAUAAGCAGUGUAGAAAGCGGAACCUUGCUGUUUUGUUUCAGUCAGGACUGAUAGUACUGUUACACAAGAGCGCUCCCGGUUUGACGAACAGCUGUUUGGUGUUUCUAAGUAGUUUUUGCUCAAUAUAUAUAUAGAAAACAAUACUGAAAGCUAAACAAGUGUUUGAUUAAAAUUAAUCACCGAAUGUCUGAGGAGAAGAUCGACUGGGGUGGGAAAGGACUAGAGGAGGGGAACUUCAGGAGAACCUUGAUGAAGAACGUACAUGAAGGUCUUCCCCAGCCCCUUAAAGAACCGGCUAGAUGCUCCAUGAUCAGAGGGGACUACGUUUACUUUUACUAUGGCUGUGAUGGACAGGACGACCGGGGAUGGGGGUGUGGGUAUCGAACCGUCCAGACCAUGUCCUCCUGGAUCUGCUGCAACCGCCGCGGCGCAGAACGCAAAGCUGUCCCGAGUCUGCCGGAGAUCCAGCAAGCCCUGGUGACCGUGAGGGACAAGCCCAGCUCCUUUUCCGGCUCCAGGGAGUGGAUCGGGACCUUUGAGGGCUCCCUGGUUCUGGAUCUCCUCUAUGAGGUCCCCUGUAAGCUGGUCCACAUCCGCGGUGGAGCGGAGCUGGAGAGCAUCGCAGUCCAGGAGCUCCAUCGGCACUUCCAGGAGCACGGGUCUCCUGUCAUGAUGGGGGGCGACAGGGACAACUCCUCCAAGGGAAUUUUGGGGGUGUGCACCGGGGCGGGCGGGAGCCACCUGCUGGUCCUGGACCCCCACUAUUAUGGGGGUCACCUGGAGAAGCAGGAGUUUCAGGGGAGAGGGUGGGUGUCCUGGAAGCGAGUGUCGUCUUUAGAACAGACCUCCUUCUAUAAUCUGUGUAUGCCACAAACGCCAAAAAAGACGCCAUAAAAAAACAGCCUGUCAGUUAAAAAUGGAUUUGAAUGAGUUUGUGUUUGAAUUCUGACUCUAUGCUUCAAUUGGAAAGUAUUUUUCCCAACAACUGUGAGUCAGGGCCCUCUAGAGGUGGCUUUGUGCUAUUACAGGUUCGGCAUUUUUCUGAUAGUGGUGGACAUUCAUACAGAUAAUUAAGCUCAAAAUAACUUUUUCUAAAGAUUCGGUGAACAAGAAGUAGAUUAAAAGAAAUGGCAAUUGAAGCUGUGACAUCACAGAUACGCUGGGCGAGCCACAAGCGCUCCACUUGUAGACAACCAGAUCCACAUACAACUUUGUUUUCCUUGUAUGAGGUGUAGGACUGGGAAGCUUCAAAAUUGCUCGCCAUUUUUGGAUCCACCCUGAGGUUAAGUGUGAGCUUGCAAGAGAGCGUGUAAACCAAGAACUCUCAACUAUGGGGAGUGGAAGAGGGGCGGUGUUACUGUUUUUCCAAUAAACUCCUGCAGCUAUGCAGAAAGUA